AUGCACCGAGCCAUUGUCAACUCCUUUGGUCCCGCAAAAGAUGUAGUCCAAAUCGAGGACUACACACCCUCACCCCCAGGCCCAGGACAAGUCCGCGUCCGCAUGCUCCUCGCGAGCAUCAACCCCUCGGACCUGGUCACAAUCUCAGGCGCCUACGCUUCUAGAACGACUCUGCCCCACGUCCCAGGCUUCGAGGGCGUCGGCGUGAUAGAGUCUCUCGGUGAGGGCGUGACCAAUUUGACGUUGGGCCAACGCGUGUUGCCGCUUGGGGGUGCGGGGGCGUGGCAGACGACGAGGAUCGUUGAGGCGAAGUGGUGUUUUACUGUGCCGGGGGAUUUGGGGGAUGAGGAGGUUGCGAUGGCGUAUAUUAAUCCUCUUACGGCGUUGAGGAUGGUUAGGGAGUAUGCGCCCAGGCCUGAGGGGUCACAGACGGGGGUGGUUCUGGUGAAUGCUGCGUUGUCUGCUAUCGGGCGGAUGAUUAUCCGGUUGUUGAAUGCGAGGGGUGUAAAACCUAUCGCCCUCGUUAGGCGACUAGAGUCGAGAGAGCUAUUGUUGCGUCUGUCGGAGCUGGGUGUGUCUGCUGUAGUAUGUUCAUCAGAAGACAGCCUUCGACAGAAGCUACUCGAUCUCACUGAUGGGAGGGGGAUCGCCGUGGCGUACGAUGCUGUAGGCGGAUCCGAGGGCGAUGAGAUUGUGCGGGCUCUCACGCCGGAGGGGACGAUCGUUCACUACGGGUUGUUGUCUGGACAGGCUUUGUCGUUUCGGCUACGGGAGGAAUGUCCUGGGGUUAGGAUUGUGAUGUACCGGCUACGAGAUUGGGUUUAUGCUGUCGAGCGGGAGGAAGUGCGGAAUGCGCUAGAGGAGGCUUUUCAACUUAUUCGGGAGGGGGUUUUGACUACGAGGGUUGCGGCGAGGUUUGGACUUUUGGAAAUAAGUAGAGCUUUGGAGGUUGAGGCGACGACAGGGAGGGAGGGGAAGGUGUUGUUAAGGAUAUCAGAUGAUGAGCCCAUAGUCAGAUAA